GACAGAUAUAGAAAUAGAGAGAGAGAGAGGGCGGAGAGUGUGAGAAAUGUUUUAACAGUCUCUAAUUAUCAAAAGUUGCAGCUCACAGCAGCAAAGAGCAGGGUAAUGGAGCCACAACAGAUCAGAGAGGGAUACUUGGUGAAAAAGGGUACAGUGCUAAACUCCUGGAAAGCUGUGUGGGUGGUGCUGUCAGAUGAUGGGGUGGAAUUCUAUAAAAAGAAAACAGACCAUUCUCCGAAAGGAAUGAUUCCCCUGAAGGGAGCCACACUCAUCAGUCCUUGCCAGGAUUUUGGCAAGAGGACGUUGGUUUUCAAGAUUACCACAGAGAAGAAGCAGGAUCACUUCUUCCAAGCCUCGCAUGUGGAGGAGAGAGAGUUUUGGGUCAAGGACAUCAAGAGGGCCAUUACCUGCAUACAGGGAGGAAAAAAGUUUGCCAGGAAGUCCACAAGACGCUCCAUUCGCCUGCCUGAAACAGUCAACCUGACUGAGCUGUACACACUGAUGAAAGACCAAGAUGAUGGAGUAAGAGAGUUAAAACUGGAGCAGGACAAUCGUGUCUUUAACCACUGUUUCACCGGUGCAACAGUGGUAGAGUGGCUGAUUUCAAAAGGAAAAGCAAGAAAUAGACCUGAGGCCCUCAUGUUAGCAACAGGGCUCCUGAAUGAGGGUUUUCUCCAGCCUGCGGGUGACAUGUCAAAAGACGGAGCAGAGAGUGCAGAGCAAACAGCCUUCUUAGAUCACACAAAUGCUCUUUAUUACUUUGCAGACAGUGGGUUCUUCUGUGAAGGCUACUCUAGUGAUGAAGAUGUGCUUGUGAAGGAAGAAUUCAGAGGAAACAUCAUAAAACAGGGCUGUUUACUUAAACAGGGACAUAGGAGAAAAAACUGGAAGGUCCGAAAGUUCAUACUGAGAGACGACCCUGCUUACAUGCAUUAUUAUGACCCUACAAAGGGUGAUGACCCUCUGGGCUCAAUCCAUCUCCGUGGAUCUGUAGUUACAGCUGUGGAGUACGUGCCUGACGCCAAAAAAUACGACAUUGACGGUAACCUCUUUGAGAUCAUCACCUCUGAUGAGACUCACUACUUCCUCCAAGCUGCUACAGCCGAGGAAAGAAAGGAGUGGAUCAAAGCAGUACAGGCAGUGUCAAAAAGUGGAAAAUAACAAGAGCAGUGAAGCAGCUGGGCAAUUACAUUUAACAGUGUGACAUAUCAGUAUAACUGAAUUAUUACCUUAACAUAGUGCUGUCAUACUAGAGUAACUGGCAAGUUUGACUCCUCUAUACACUAUCAAACUAAUAAUGUUUUUGUGUCAUUUAAGAAGUUUAACAGUAGGAUGAUAACAUUUAAUCAAUGUCUCAUUAUGUUUUUGUAUGCAAAUGAUCAAACUGUAUUGUGUUUUAGUAAGAACCUAGCAAUAUGAUAUGUAUCACAUUGGAAAGAACAUAUAAAUAAAAACAAAAGUAGAAAAUAUCAGUAAUAACAUGAUAAUAACAGGUUAUCAAUAGGUUAACUCACAAAAAUCUGGUUAUCAAUAAAAAUUUAGUUAUAUAACUAUAUGUAAAAUAAUAUUAGAGAUGGUGUAAUAUAGUUAAAAUUAAUAAUAAAACUAAUACCACUAAGUAAUGUUUUUCCCCAUUAUAACCUUGAAAUGUUUUUACCCAGCAUUAUGCCAUAACAGAAAUUUAACCUCAUUAUCACAAGCUAUUACCAGGCUAUUAAUACCUGUGUAAUUACAAUGUUAUUACCCUAGUACUACUGUACUCAAUAUAUUACAGCUUAUUGCCUUGUGAGUGCUGCAGUUUUAUACUCAUUCUGGUAUCUAAAAUCACUCUAAUUUCAUUAUAUAACCCAUUUGCAAACUAACCAGGUAAGUAGGUUAAUGUUACUGCAUUUUCUAUAGAAAUAAGACAUCAUGGAAACUAUUUCACACUGUGGUAAAAAAUACAGAUGAUAUACAAUUGUGCAUAAUUAUAUGUAGAUACUAAAUCUUUUAACUUCCAGAAAAACUUAAACACUGAACAUAAAAGGCAUGUUAGACAGUGAAGAGCAGUUACAUGGAAAAAGAUGGCCUGUGGUUGUAGGCUUAUUAUUUUUCCAUUGUGGUUUUCUGAUUUCCUCCCUGCUAACUUGUCUUUCAAAGGUUUGAGAUAAUUUGUGCUAUCAUGCAAGCACACUCAGUUCCUGAGUGUGAAGUAAGUCAGAAUCAUAUAACGCCUUCACAGUUUAGUGUCAGUUUGUGGCUUACAGGCCUGUUGCAUCUCUGAAAGAAUUUAUCAGUGACAGAAAUUACUGCCUUGAGCUACAAUUGGACCACACACGAAAAAAAUACUUUUUAAAAUGAUGACAAUUGAAGUGAAUAUAAUUAAACGAUGACUUCUACUUUAUUACAAUUCGGCGCUUUUUUUAAGGUUUUGGGCAUCAACUUUAUCAGUGGUGACAAUAUUAUUGCAUUACAUCAUGCAGGUUUUAAAAAAACAAGGUUAGCCUUUUACCGUACGGAAGAAAUCACCCACAGCUCACACACCUAUUUAAAUUUCUCUUUGCCCACUCUUCAGUUUAGCCCUUAACGUUUUAUUUUAUAAAUUUUAUCAAAUCUAUACAAUUCUGUGGCUGUUCAUUUCUUUUUUAGUUUUUAUUCAUAUAAGAAGACCAAAAUGAAGAUCAGUCAAUCAAUGUGUCAUUUCUAUUUUAAUUAUCAAAUAAUUGUUUUAGAAAUAAUUGCCAUUGGCAUUCAAAAAACAUACACCAUUGUGGCUGCCUGUAUGUGUGUGCAUUUUACUAUUUUAACACAGGAGGGCACUAUAUGUCAACCUAAGACUGUUCCUGUGAGUCAUAGCAAAGUGGUUUGCUUUCGAUGGUUGAAGGUCAAUGUACUAUACUUUAACACAGUGAAAAGCAGAUCAAAUGUCAAUCACAAAACAUGGCAGACGUCAGAACAAACAAGACAAUACACACACACACAAUAUAGUAAGUCAAUAAAUAAAUAGUAGAUAAUGAUAAUAAUACGAAAGAGAAAUACUUUAUCUUUCUUACAGAAUAAUAAAAAAUUGUAUGUGUAAAAAACCUUUUGUGGCAUCUCAAGAUAAAUGAAAGAAAGUAAUAGAUUUCCACAAUAAUUAAAUGUGUUAUAUCCAUUGAAGAACAGUAAACACAUGAGGGGAAAAAAUAAUAGAAAACUAGUAAACAGGAAUGUGGAUCCCACCAACCUGGGAAGACUGGAAAAGAAAUACAAAGAAUACCACAUAUCCCACAACUGAGGCAUCAUCGUCAGUUCAAAUGAAGGAAAGAGUGAGUUUCUAUUCUAAUGCACAGACACAAGUUCAACAACUGAUACACUGUAAUCAAGUGAUGAUUGA